AUGAUGCCAGACACGUCCUUCGCUCGCCUCCAAGUUCUUCCCGCUACGUCGUUCUCGAACUUUGCCGUCGGUAUCAGGCCGUCUCCCCCUUCGUAUCAUCUCCCUAGCAUCACCAUGAUGACCCAGAACAAACCCACGGAAAAGUCAAGUACACUGAUCACGCAGGACUUGAGAUACAAGGCUGCACUGUCCUUCAUCCUGUCCUUCGAUUCGGAGUCAGACGCCGACGAGCCCAAGAACAGAAAGCGCGACUCCUUCAGCGAACCGACGGUAGCCAAGCGUAGAUGCAGCGCCACAUCGACAUUGAUGUCCCCUGCAGCUUCUACAACAGUUUUCAAGCCUGCAAUUAAAAAGAGCAGUAAGUUUUGCUCCAUUGAGGGUUGUACGAGUCGUGCCAAGCACGCCAAACGCUGCUGGAAGCACGGCGGCUGGGUGCGCUGCAAGAUGUCGGACUGCAACAACCGUGCCAAGUCCAAGGGUGUCUGCUGGUCGCAUGGAGGAGGCACCGUCUGCUCCUUUGAAAGUUGCGAUACCAUCGCGGUGUCGAACGGCUUUUGCUGGGCCCAUGGAGGCGGCAAGCGUUGCCAGGUGCCCCACUGUUCCAAGCCGGCGUAUGAGCGCACGAAGAACUACUGCCAGACGCAUUAUAAGAAGCUCGAUUCCUCGACCGGCUUCAAGACCAACUACAUGUAG